UGCCAACUAUCUCGCUGCACUCCACUCAGUGAAAUCGAAAGAGAUACUGGUGAAUUCUAAACAAGUUUUCAAUAUUUUUAAUUGCGCGCAACAUGAGGUUUAUUAUUUUGGCGUGCCUGUUGGGGCUGAGCACAGCGAGACGAGUGGAGAUUCGUCCGCGAGUGACGGAGCCCCAGGUGUACUACGAGGACGAUGACACCCAGGCAGAGGAGGAAUACGCCCCGAGUCCGGAGAUCUAUCAGCCGAGAACGCGCGCCCUCCCCUCGGCCCGUUCCAAGGACACCCUCAACCCCUCGAAAGCCCCCCCAGUCCAGACAAUCCGGAAUUACAACAAAGUCAAUGACGACGGUUCAUUCACCUUCGGCUACGAGGCAGCCGACGGCUCCUUCAAGGAGGAGACCCGAGGAACCGACUGCGUCGUGCGGGGUAAAUACGGUUACGUCGACCCCGACGGCAACAAGCGAGAGUUCACCUACGUCUCGGGGAAUCCCUGUGAUCCAAACGCCCCGAAAGAGGAGGACGACGACGACUUGCCGCGAAAACCCGAGGACGAGGAUCUCCCAGGACCAGCGAAUUACCCCUCAGUCCGCCCCCGUCCGGUCCCCAACUACCCCAGAACCACCACCGCCCGGGCUCCCACCACCAUUUUCCAGACAGAGUACGCCCUCCAGGACGACGACGCCAGUCAAGAGCUGGAGGAGGAGGAGCCCAAGGUCCUCAUCCGACCAACGACCUUCCGCAGUCGUCCUCGUCCUAAUUACCUCCAGGUGAGCCCGAUUCAGGGUGAAUCCCUGUACUCCGUGACACCAGCCGCGGCGACCACCCAGACAACUGCGGCCACCCCCUACCACUCCACACCAGCUCCCAGAUACCAGAGUCUGGCGAGUCCAACACCCUCUCGUUUCCACCCAACUCCGUCCUACCAAGCCCUCGAGAGUAGCUCAACCCCCCGGGCGAUUCCACGAGAGCGACCCCACUCCGUCGCCAUCACUCCCAGACCGCACGUCCAGCAGGUGGCAGCACAGUACGUCUCCGCUAGCACCACGGAGCGACCCGGAGUGGUCUACGCCACCCAGAGGAGCACCACUGCCGUUCCCCGAGUCUCUCCCAACGACAUUCACCUGAAUUUUGCCGCCGAACUCGAGCGCUACGUCAACACAGUUCCCGUGAAGAGCCGUCCGGCUCCCUCCAAGGGGCCGAUUUACCAAUCAGAGCUGGUCUACGAUCCCAGUAGUGGUCAGUACAACACACAACUGUAUCAGAGUCUUCCACAGACAACCGGCGAUUUUCGUUUGAAUCAUAAGCUUCAACCUUAUGUUGCACAAUCAGCCCAGUCCCUGUUGGGUCUCCAGCAGCUUCAGCCGAUUCAGCAGGCCUCCAGAGCCCCAGCCAACCGGCCAGCUCAGCCACAGGAGUCUAUUUACAGGCAGCAGCAGUCCGAGCAGCUGUUGCAGUCGCAGCAGCUCUACGCACAACAGCAACGCCGCCAGCAGCAGCCGUCGCCCCAGCCCCAGAGAGAUCAGCAACAGUAUUACUACGCUCUUGCACCCCAGACCAGAGGCGCCAGUCAGUCACUGUCCGCUGGACAAAUCGAUCAGUUCCUUCGUGGUAGCACUGCUGGAUUUUAAUUCAUUGCCUUGGAAUCUGUCGGUUGAUGUUGAUGAUGGUGAUGGGUCAGCGUGGGACAAGUCGCUCUAGGGAAUCCGGGGGACUAGGUCAGGUUGAUGUUCUGGGGGCAGUUGCCAUGUGAGUGGUACUGGUAGCCCAGAGUGAUGGGAAUUUUUGGCAAUUUACCGGUUUCUGAUCAUUUCUGAUUUACCGUAGACGUCGGGAUGAUAAUUGACCGGUUAAUUAAUCUAAUUGUCAGCCUUUUUGCGCGGGCAUUUAUAUAAAAUUAUCAUGUUGUUGUCUGGCCGUCAUUUAUGCGUCUUUUGCAAGUUAGUUUCAAUCGUUUUGGUGAGUUUUUUUGUUCGUUGAGGAUCCAUCGAAUGAUGAAAUAAUAAAUAUUGAGAAAUCGGUGAAUUACGUCGUUGAAUACUCGUUCCGCAAGUACCAGUUGCCAAAAUAUUAUGUAGUUGCGCUCUCAUUAUUAUUUUAUUAUUAUCUGUAUUAUUAUUAUUGAAAUAAUUUUGGAGAUUAUUUCAGGGGACGGAUUUGUGAUUGCGUCGACGUAUCCGUCGGGCAGACCCAGCAAUAAUGUCGACAAUUUAUUUGUACAUAUUUUAUUUUAUCAUUAAUUAAUUGUUAGAUUUACUCCUCACCUCCUGUUUUUUUUAAUAGAAUAAAUUAAUCAAUGGUGAUGCCCCAUCCUCGUUCCAUUUUGUAUCCCUCGUAUGUGUGACCAGUGAAGAAAUAAAAUGUUUUAUUCUCCUUAAUUAUUAUUUCCCUGAAGUAUUUCGUUGAAUAAUAAAAUAUUGAAAAAUUAAUAGCGA